AACAGUGACUCUACCCUAAUGUCUUCUCCAUCAGUAACACCUUCAUCAGCCUCUGAACAACCCCCCUCCGAGAAGAGCACUGAUCCCACCAAACACUCUAACGGCGUUGUUCCGAACGGUACUGAUAAGAGCACUGCUGACAACACUGUCGUCAAAAUGAGAAAUAAGACACCGCUGACAGAGACUCAAACUCCGGCUUCAAAUGGUGAUGGUGCGACGCUGUCAGUUCUACAACGUGGUCUCGAUGCUCUCAAUGAGAUCAGUCCCGAGGUGGACGAUGGAGCUGAAGAGAUUCGAAAAUUGGACAGCCAACUGGAUCAUUUGAAUACGUACAUGGGUAAAGUUGAAGAGAGGAUAAAGGCACAUAACGAAAAGUUGAUGGACACGUUGAAACAUCAAAAGGAGGAACGCGAGAAACGAAGGCGUUCUUUUCAUGAGGUCAGUUGUUUGCUUGGUCGACUCGACCUGAAGCUAAUUUUAGGUGAUUCUUAUUCCAUUAUUUCAGAGAGUCGAUUUGGAUUCGAAUAUUCAGAUCACUUUUACAAGUGCCGUAAGAAAUUAGAUUUGAUAAGAAAUGAUAACUUUUUUCAGCGUCUUCAACAGAGUCAACAGGAAGAUGACGAUUUUCAACGUCAACUGUCAUCGAUAUUGAACCGUGUCGAUAUCUCAAAGAAUCGUGCAUCUAUUUACGAUGUUAUUAGUACUAUGGAAAUACCGAAGGUGAACGGUACCUCGAAUGAUAAUGCGACAAAUGGGCAUUAA